CAAGGUUAAAUUGACAAUGUGGACGAGUCUAAUUGUAUCACUGCUCCUGGUCCACUGCCUGCUUGCCGGGGCCGCGCCUGCGCUAAAGGAUCUGGACGCGGGCACCUGGAGUGCGGAUGAGGCGUGUCAGAAUGUGGAUAAAUCGGUCAUAAUAGCGAACCAGAAUGACUCCACAUGCGUCAGCUACGUCUAUUGUUAUAAAGUCAAUGACUCAACGAGGGCUCUAAUCAAAAGCUGCAAGACCGGGCAAUUCUUUGAUGCCGAUCUCAAAUUCUGCACUAUCAGCAAACCAGCGGGAUGUGUCUAAUAUGAGAAAGUCUUAGUUAGAAAUACGUUUGAAUAGUAAUUCACUAGAUUUUACAUAUGUAUUAUUAAUUUAUUACAUUAAAACCCAAAAAUUAAAUAUUUUUCGAUUACCUAAGC